ACAGAUCUGCACAGCGGACAGAGGCUCCAUAGCGGACGCGCCGUGUGAACGGAGAGGGAUGCGGGUUUCAUAGGUCCUGUGGGGGCUGCAGCGUCACCUUUCCCGCCACAAACCAAACCUCGAGAACCGAAAGUGAAAGUACGGAAAGAAGGCGGGGCCUAAGAGCGGCCGCCAUUAGUGUCAGGGCGGAGGCUCCCGGUCCGGAGUCCGAGUCACCAGGGCCGCGAACAUCAUGAAGGGCCCGGAGAAUCUUCUUAUCUUCCUGCUGACCUCACUGGGGACUGCAGAUGGUCUGAUCGUCACGAUGAAGGCGCCACUUAUCUCGGCCAUGAGAGAUGAGAAUGUGACAAUCCCCUGUGAGUUUUCAGACUUUAUUCCUGGGAAAACUAUAAAUGUGCAGUGGAUGAAAUCACAGAAUGGAAAUAGGACUGAAGUGUUCCAGUAUAUACCCGGACGACGACUGAAGGCCUUCAGAGCCGGAUCCUAUAUGGAGGAGGAGAGCGAAAUCCAGAGAGGAAAUGCCGCACUUCACAUCCCGCGGGUGCAGUUCAGUGACGAUGGAGAAUACAUCUGUAUUGUUGUAGUGACCCCAGACUACAAGGAAGGGAGAAGCACUCUGGAGGUGUCAGCUGAGCCCUCGGUCUCCCUGAUACCCGGAGAUGCCAUCAGAGUGGAGCUGGGAAGCGAGAAAGUGGUGUCCUGUGACAUAAGCAACUUUUACCCUGAAGAGAUCACCAUUAGCUGGGUGCGACACCAGAAAGACUCUACAAAAUGCGUUGUACUGGCGAAAGGAACCUGCACCGGGGACUCCGUUAUUAAUACCGAUGGGACGUUCAAUACUAGCAGUCAGCUGACCUUAUAUCCUACAAUGAAGGACGACGGCUACAAAUAUUCAUGUGAGGUGAAGCAUCGAUCUCUGCAGCAGGACCUGGUGAAGAACUUCACCCUGACAGUAACAGAGCGAGAAGAUAACUCCAGAGCAGUAGCGGCUGCCGUGAUCUGUACGAUACUUGGGAUGGCGGUUUUUUUAUCUGCUGGUUUGCUUUACUACCAAGUCAUCAAGAAAGAACCCCCCAGCGUUUCUGAGAUCACCGUCAGCGAGCCACUGAUUGACAUGAGCAGGACGACCCUGACCUGUCACAUUAUGAACUUCAAGCCUAAUGAUCUGGAGAUCUUUUUAUGUCUGAAGAGACGUGGAGGGGAGAUGAAGGAGGUCCACACCUGGAGGUCCAGAGACUUGACCCGAGUGGGGAUGGAUGAUGUGGAGCAGCAGAGGCUGAUGAAUGGGGAUGUCAACCACACACAGAGGCCCCUAGACCUGGAGAUGAAGGCAGAUCUAAAACCCGAUAGAUUCCGUCUUCUCCGCUGUAUUUCCUGGCGUAAACUUUCCACUUACAGCUGUCAGUGUUCUAUUCACAUCACCCCCAGCUUUACUGAAGAUAACGGAGCAGAAUUCUCUGUACGUGCAUCACACCCGGCACUGACAGAACCAAGCUCUCAGCAGAGGACAUUGCGGGUCAUCGGAGUCGCUCCGACAAUGUUAAAGAUCAGUCCAGCUCGUAUGAACCACGAGGAGCCGACUACGCUGACUUGUCCAAUUAUUGGAUUUAAACCAAAACCUUUGGAGAUAACAUGGCUGAAAAAGGAUAAGAAUGACCGGGAGACUGAACUCGUAAGAUGGAAGCCUGAUGAUGGGACCGACGUGAAAGAUGGUGUCCACAAAGUGACCGAGAAUGAGCUUCAUGACAAGUCCUACAGCUUCCAAAGUGCCUUAUUGAUAAAACCAACUGUGAGAGAAGAUGAAGGAGCCACAUACAUCUGUAGAACCUUCCACCCUGCGACAGGUCAAGAGGGAGAACAAGAACUGGUCAUGGCGGUUACAGCUGUUCCUGUGCUGGGUCCCAUACAGCAGACAAAGGGCGAACUCCACGUGAAGGAGGAGAUGAAUCUGACCUGUAAGAUCCAUUCAUUUUAUCCGGCACCUAUAGAGGUCACAUGGUGCACAGAAGAUGGACGGGUGCUGAACUCUACCCUCUCUGACCCCCUCGCUGACCCGGCUGGUCUGUACCAGGUCACCAGCUCCAUGAAAUACUGCCCAACAUUGAAGGACCUGAAAAAGACAUUCACGUGUGGAGUGAGACAUGAAAGUACUGGAGUCACGAGAAAAACGACGUGGAAACUGGAAGAUCUGAUUUCACGGCCCACGGUGUCUGAUAUUUCUUGUAUUCCCCCGUCUCCUGAGCCUGGUACUUCGGUGACCUUAUCCUGCGAUGUCAGUGACUUGUACCCUGAAGACUUUACAUUCUGUUGGUAUAAUGGUGUAACUCGGAUAUCAGAAAAGAAGUACAAAAAAGAGCCUUUUCAGAAGGAUCCGGAGUCUGGUACUUUCAGGGGAACCGUACAGUUGCUGUGGACGACGGACACUGGUUAUAAUGAGGUGGAGUUCCGUCUGGUCCUGACGCACUGCGGAAGGAAUAUUGAAAAAAAAAUUACAAUAAUCCUGACAGGAUCCCCAGUCCUUAGUGACAUCACCAGCGAGCCCAGGAACCCUAAAUACGGCCAGCCUGUGACUCUGCGCUGCAGGGUGACCAACGCAAACCCGAAAGAUGUAGAGGUGAGGUGGUUAAAGAGCGAUAAAGCCCUGGAGAGCGGACAAGGAGUAGCGAAGCAAAUCCCUGAGGCGGACGGGUCCGUAUCCUGCUCACUGCAGAUCACUGCUACAGCCCUGGACUACGCCAAAGCUUACACCUGCUCUGUGAAGCCCAAGAACAUGACAACGCCGCUCAAGAAGACCCAUUAUAUAAAGCUCCCCGAUAAAGUACCAACGUUUUCAGAGAUAAGUGUGCGGCCGGAGAGACCUGUCGCAGGGAAGGAAGCCACAUUCACAGCGACCAUAUCUGGAUUCACACCAGACAUUCGGGUGAAAUGGUAUAAAGAGUUCGACCCGUUUACCAGCGACUUUGUCACCACAUCAGAUCCACAGAUUGGAAAGGACUCUCUAUGCAAUUGUUCCAGCAGCCUGAGGUUCACUCCCCAGGACAAGGACCAUGGGGCGUCCAUCCGCUGUGAGGUGACACAUUCUGUCACUAAGAAAGUAUAUGAGCAGCUGUACACCCUGCGUCUCUCAGAAGGGACCCCAGGUGGACAUCUGCCUCCAUGCACAGGACAUCUAAAGCCUCCACUGAAAACCAAAGGCAUUCAGUGCCUGACGGAGAAUCCGCGGGUGGGAGGUGAAGUCACACUCACAUGUUAUGUUGAUGGAUGUGACGCAGAUCAUUCGGAGUUCUCCUGGAGGAAAGGAAUGUUUCCUAUCGACAGUGGCAUAGAGAACCGGACUCUAGAGGACGGAUCUGGCAGCUUUUCCACAGUCACCUUCACAGCCCAAGAGACAGACCGAGACUGCACAAUGAUAUGUGAGGUGAAUUAUAAUUUCCAGAUACAAGAGGAACAUUUCACACUGAAGCUUCAAUAAGGAUCUACAGGAAUCAAUGGGAGCGAGACUCAUCAAUGUCUACAGUCAUGGGGUAAAAGGAGCGAGACUCAUCAAUGUCCAUCAAUGUCCAUCAAUGUCCAUCAAUGUCUACAGUCUUGGGGUAAAAGGAGCGAGCAUAGACUCCUCGAUGUCUACAGUCCUGGGGUAAAUAGGAGCGAGCACAGACUCAUUGAUGUCUUUAAUGCUGAGGUAAAUAGGAGCGAGCACAGACUCAUUGAUGUCUACAGUCCUGGGGUAAUAGGAGCGAGCACAGACUCAUUGAUGUCUACAGUCCUGGGAUAAUAAGAGCGAGCACAGACUCAUUGAUGUCUACAGUCCUGGGGUAAUAGGAGCGAGCACAGACUCAUUGAUGUCUACAGUCCUGGGGUAAUUAGAGCGAGCACAGACUCAUUGAUGUCUACAGUCCUGGGGUAAUAAGAGCGAGCACAGACUCAUUGAUGUCUACAGUCCUGGGGUAAUAAGAGCGAGCACAGACUCAUUGAUGUCUACAGUCCUGGGGUAAUAAGAGCGAGCACAGACUCAUUGAUGUCUACAGUCCUGGGGUAAUAGGAGCGAGCACAGACUCAUUGAUGUCUACAGUCCUGGGGUAAUAGGAGCGAGCACAGACUCAUUGAUGUCUACAGUCCUGGGGUAAUAAGAGCGAGCACAGACUCAUUGAUGUCUACAGUCCUGGGGUAAUAAGAGCGAGCACAGACUCAUUGAUGUCUACAGUCCUGGGGUAAUAAGAGCGAGCACUGACUCAUUGAUGUCUACAGUCCUGGGGUAAUAGGAGCGAGCACAGACUCAUUGAUGUCUACAGUCCUGGGGUAAUAAGAGCGAGCACAGACUCAUUGAUGUCUACAGUCCUGGGGUAAUAGGAGCGAGCACAGACUCAUUGAUGUCUACAGUCCUGGGGUAAUAGGAGCGAGCACAGACUCAUUGAUGUCUACAGUCCUGGGGUAAUAAGAGCGAGCACAGACUCAUUGAUGUCUACAGUCCUGGGGUAAUAAGAGCGAGCACAGACUCAUUGUCUACAGUCCUUGGGUAAAGAUAAACUUAUACAAAAAAGCUGAGUCUAAGAAAGUUCCAAAUAAAUAAUAAUCUUUAUUAAAUAUGUAUAUAAGACCUGCUCAAAAUACACUGCUUGUCCCACCCCGUCGCCACCUGGAUUUAGCUAAGCAGAUACUCCUGAGCCUCCUAUUGGAUAAUUACUGCACGGGGGCGAUUAUCUUUCAGCUGCAAUAAGUUAUUUAACCCCGACUGGUGCAAUGAGCUGCUUCUCAUUUCUUAAACAUCCAUGUGGAAAGACGCGUCUCGUGUUCGUGGAGAAGAUGUCAGUCUGCUGGAGAAGGGUCAGAUCACUGGCAUCAAGCAGAGAAACAUCUAAGGAGAUCGCAGAAACUACUAACAUUGGGUAAAGAACUGUCCAACGCAUUAUUAACUGGAAGGAUAGUCAGGACCCAUCGUAUUCGAGGAAGAAAUGUGACCGGAGAAAAAAAUCCCGAAUGAUCGCGAUCGGCGAUCACUUAAACGUUUGUUGAAAUCAAAUUGAAGAAAAACAGUAAAACGUUUAAAGGCUA